AUGUUUCACAUUCGCUCAAAAGGCAUUGAACCUCUACACAUCGCUGCUGGUCACAAGAUUGUCGCCAUCAUUACUCGAUCAACUACAUCUAUCAUGAGCUUGCAUCUGCAACCUGAGCCACGCUUUCUGGGUCUUGUCCGAGAAUGGUCACCAACAAAGCAAAACCAGUGCAAACGCUCCGUGAAGUCUGGCAAGUGGCCGUCCCAGAAUCCACAGGACCUGGUUCGUGGGAAGUUAUCGGUGAAUAAAACAAAGACGACGGAUAACGCAGAGAAAGAGUCGAGAACAAUCGCCAUCUCUGUGAAUUCCAUCGCUGAAUCCAUCUGGAAGCUUGCCGAAGUCGGACCCUGCCAUAACAAGAUCCCAGUAGGGACAUUCAUCCCCCCUAGAUGGGGCCUUCGAUCUGGAGGAACAGAUGAACAAAUCCUGUUGCAUCUUAGAGAAGUCCUCAUGACAAAGGACCCUAGGGGAUUGUCUCACGACACCCACGUGGAUUUAAAAAAGAAGGGCGCUAACAAGUGCUCGCCAAGAAAAGCCAUGUUCGACAAAUGA